AUGAUGUUGAGAUGCUCCAUCGAUGCGAAAUUGAAAAAGAAGGCUGUUGAAGAGGAGUGUAACGUACAUGUGCCCAAACGAGACUCAGAAAGCUCAGCGGCACCAGCUGCAGUUGAAGAGAAUUCGCCUACUGCGCAGUUAAAUGAAACCGAUAUUAUCACCCCUGACUGGGAAAUUGUGGAAAGUGUGCCUGGCCAAGAGAAAGUGUCCAACAGCGAAGCCACAACGCAAGGAGCACAACAAGGGGGCACUUCUGCGGCCAACCACUACCACUCGUGGUCAAGGAGAAGUCAGUUCAAAUGGGAUGUCACUUGGCGAGAUUAUGCAGCCUAG